AUGACCAGUGGUGUGCUGGGCCGUCAAGCCCGAGCGAUCUCAGACAAAUAUGAGAGCUUGCUCGAAGGAUUUGAGGAACAUCGAGAUCAGAUCCUCGAGGUUCAGCGCAUCUGCCACGAGGACAUCCUCCAAGAGUUAGCAGAUCAGCUCGACUUGUCUCCCUCUGGCUUGUCACGCGCUAGAGCGUUCAUCGAUGAUCCCGUGACCAUCUUUCGCUUUCUCAGGCGGACAAGAUUCCACACAACCAACACCAUCAGCUUGCUGCAGGCCACGCUGCAUUGGCGUCUCGAGUCCGGGCUCGAUACGCUCAGUGCGAGCUCGAUUGAACCACAGUACAUCGAUGCACCUGUAUUCUACUUUCACCCGGACCUGCUCGACAGAUCGGGUCGGCCAUGCGGGAUCCUCAACUUGCAACACGUCAGCCGCCCUCCAGACGGAUCACUCGACAGUCUCAAGGAAUUCAUCGCGUUUGGAUGGGAAAUCGCGCGCCGCUGGUUGGCAGAUCUCAGCAGGAUCUCGCUUGCCAGUAGCACAGAGGACGAAGCAGACGGUCGCCCUAUCAUCCAGCUCGUCGUCAUUGUCGAUCUGGCAGGUGCAGGCAUGUCGAACCUCGAAGUCGAGCUCCUGCCAUAUUUCAUUGACCUCCUCAAAAAGCACUUUCCUGGCAUGGUCUCGGCCAUCUUCGUGGUGAACUACGGCUGGAUGUACUCGGGCAUGUGGCAAGUCGCCAAGCGUGUCUUGCCACAGCCUGCACUCGAUAGAAUUCUCUUCCCUUCGUCAGACGAGCUUGCCGAUUUCUUCGAGCCUGAUCACCUCCUCACUCAACACGGAGGCACGGUUCGGUAUGACUAUGACGCCGCUAACCCGAUUCUGGUAAAGUAUGGCAAGCCAGCCUAUUCAUCCGCCACGACUUCCCCUCACGCCUCACCACAUUCCUCACGACCUCCUUCACGCUCGACAUCUUACGAAAGCAUUUACGAAGUCUUCUACAGCGCGCCCGGUACGCCCUGGGCGAGCAGGCCAACUACACCCACUAGCUCUGCCUUGCCUUUGCCCAGUGCAGACGGUCACCGUGGUCUCACCAGUCGACCGAGCUGGCUCAGUAUGACCAGUCUUGCUACUUCGCCUGGCGUCAAUCCCGUCACGCCAGGCAGCGGCACAGUCUCGCCCGAGGAAACUCGAGGUCGCCGUCUGAUCACCAUCAAAGAGGGCAGGUCGGGCUCACGAAACAGCUCGACCGACAGUCAAAGCUCUGAUCACAAGACGCCUAUACGUCGUGUGGGUUCAUUGCGUGAUUUCAGGCUACACUUGCCCGAACGGUCUCAUCCUGGCGACGAGUCUGCUACGAGCGACGAGUACGAUUCAGACACGGCUGCCGAGCAAGAGUAUGCUCGUCGGAGUGUACGGCAUCACACAUUGCCCAUGACAAGAACGGAGAGCACCGUCUCCUCUGUCCCUUCCUCGCAUCCGCCCUCGAUCGCAGUCUCUCGAACGCAAUCGAGAGAUGUGUCGCCCUCCAGAUCGACUCAGGGUCAUCUUUCUGUGCCCAUGUCAGCAGAACCGUCCCUCUCGCCGACCAAUUCGACCUUUACACGCUCGGCUGGAAGACACAGACCACCUCCGUCGCCUUAUAGCGCUGCCAACCCGUACUAUGGCUAUUCUUACCACCAUGCUCGCUCUGGUGACGGACGUCCACACGAGUCUAGAAGAAGGAAGCGUGACCUCGUUCGGACGCUCUCGUACCUACUAGCCAUGCGAUUCCUGCGACUACAUCGCGAGAUCCAGUGGCGCAUCGAACUACUCGUCCGGCUACUCACUCAGAGUGUCACCCGACUCCGCAUCACUUCUCACAUUGUGCUCUCACCCGUACAGCGAACAAAGACACUACCCAGCACAAGCAAAAGGGCCAAGCAGAAAGUCAGUUGGGCGAAAGAAGAAUCUCGUUUUGUGCCUUCUGUGCUGCAUACGAACAGACGUAUCCGACCGAGGCGAACGGAUGACCUCUUCAUCGAUCCCCGGUGGAUCUACUACUUGCUCAUCUUCGUCCUGCUCCGUGCGCCUUACUUCACCAGACUGUCAGAAGCCGUCUUUGUCGGGUUACCCAAGCGAACACUGCGGGCGUCCGGUCUGCUCAGUAAGGAGGCUCUGAGCGCGCAAAGCCAAGACACGCUCAUUGGAAGCCGGAGAAUACGUAGGACCGUGUCCAGAAUACAGGCCUCACUGUCGUUGUAA